GCUCUCGCUGAGAGACGAACUCAAGACCUCCCAAUUAGGCACUCUAACCAAAUGAGCCACGAGAGCUUGUACGAACAACCACGUUUUCUUUAAACUGCUGCUACUGAGAGAACAGAGAAGACCCCCAAAUGGACACUACCGUCGUCGCCAUCGCCGGCGACGGAGACGACUCCUUCCGCCGCCCCCUCCUCGCCCACACCGAAGAGAUCCACCCCUAUGAAGAACCCCCUUCCUCCCAGCGCGCGCCUCUGGACGCCGCGGCGGCGCAGCCCGAGCAGCAGCGGAAGUCGCUGCGGGUGGCCUCGCUGGACGUGUUCCGUGGCUUCACCGUCGCCAUGAUGAUACUCGUAGACGACGCGGGCGGGGCGUGGCCGGGCAUCAACCACGCGCCGUGGUUCGGGGUGACGAUGGCGGACUUCGUCAUGCCCGCCUUCCUCUUCAUCAUCGGCGUCUCCGCCGCAGUCGUCUUCAAGAAAAUGCCAAACAAGACUGCAGCAACUAAGAAGGCUAUGGUUAGGGCUAUCAAGCUUUUCAUCUUGGGUGUGAUUUUGCAAGGAGGAUACAUUCAUGGACGGCACAAACUAAUGUAUGGUGUUGAUUUGGAUCAAAUUCGAUGGCUAGGUGUGCUUCAGAGGAUAGCUAUUGGAUACUUUCUAGCAGCAAUUUCAGAGAUUUGGCUUGUCAACAAUAAUUCGGUGGAUUCACCUGUAUCAUUUGUGAAGAAAUACUUCAUGGAGUGGAUCAUGGCCAUGAUGAUUACAGUACUUUAUGUUGCCUUGGUAUUUGGCCUUUAUGUUCCAAACUGGGAAUUCAAAGUUAAAAUUAGCAAUCCAACCCUUUCAACCCCAAUCAGUUUAGUUGAAAUGAAGACGAUCCACUGUGGAGUUAGAGGUAGUCUUGGACCACCUUGCAAUGCAGUUGGCUUGGUAGAUCGAGUUUUGCUCGGUGAAAAUCACCUGUACAAGAAUCCAGUCUACAAAAGGACAAAGGAAUGCAGUAUUAAUUCUCCUGAUUAUGGACCGCCUCCUCCGAAUGCACCAGACUGGUGCCUGGCUCCAUUUGAUCCUGAGGGUUUGUUAAGUACACUGAUGGCUGCAGUAACCUGCUUUGUUGGUUUGCACUUUGGUCAUGUUUUAAUUCAUUGCAAGAAUCAUUCACAGCGAAUGCUAUUCUGGCUGCUAGCUUCGACGGUAUUGACAAUCUUUGCAUUUUUACUGCUACUAUUAGGCAUGCCUUUCAGCAAGCCUUUGUAUACAGUGAGUUACAUGCUACUCACUGCUGGAGUAUCUGGAUUCCUGUUGCUGCUGUUAUACUACAUAGUUGAUGUUAUUCAUAUCAAGAAGCCAUUUAUUCUAUUCCAGUGGAUGGGCAUGAAUGCGCUUAUAGUCUACGUUCUGGCUGCCUGUGAGCUGUUCCCCACUCUUAUUCAAGGGUUUUAUUGGCGGUCACCUGAGAACAACCUGGUGGACAUUACAGAGUCUUUGCUCCAGGCCAUCUUCCACUCGAAACGAUGGGGAACCUUGGCGUUCGUCCUCCUGGAGAUAGUCUUUUGGUGCUUGGUCGCUGGCUUCCUCCACAUGAAAGGCGUCUACUUAAAGCUGUAGAACCAAUCAUGGACACAUAUAAUUGUGGUAUCCACCUCCCUGUAAAUAUCGGGCGUAGAACUACGGCUGCUUGGCUACAUUGUUUCAUCUGUAAAUGCUGUGUGGGUUGGGACCAUGGGUGUUGCGGUUGAUUUCGGGAUUGGCCCAUGAUCUAUCUCAUGCUCCUCCAAAUAGAGAAACCAGAAGUUGUAAAUAGUGCUGCCGUGCUGUUUUUUGUUUACCAAAAUUUGUGCUCCCAUGAUCCAUAUCAUGCUC